AUAUUAUUAGCUAAUUGGCGAUUAUCAUACAUUUCCAGUUACUUCUUCAGUCGAAAAAUAUUAGUCACGCUGUAAAUAAGCAUUUGUUUAUCAACGUGUUACGAAUAUAAAUCACUUUUAGUUAAUACGACCGUCAGAAAUAAGCGACACUAUCACAAUGGCGCACAAGGAAUUGUUAGUUUUGGUGUGCAUUUUUGCGACUGUUAUUGAGGUUUACAACAAGCCUACCUACAAAUCAGGUAUUCAUGAAUGUUUUAAAGAGGAGUGCCCGGAUAACACUUUCGCCUGUGAAAGAUUAACACGUGUUUCAGAUGACAAGAAGCAUAUAGUAUCAGAAAUACACUGCUUGGACUUGGAGGGUAAAGCCCUUAAAAAUGUGACAAAUUAUCAAGACAAUCCGUAUGGCCCUGAUACGGAUUUCAAAGGUUACAAUUACAAAGGUGCUUUUGAGAUAUCGCUUGACAAUGAAAAUGAUGAAAAUACACCCAAGGAAAGUCAUGGCAAACAUAAAAAUACAGAUUCUGAAGUGGAAGACUUAAACGCUCGAUAAAAUUACUAUAAAAUAAAUGUUACGUAGUAUUUAAUCAAAAAAUACCAAUAUAAAUAUGUAAUUAAUUAAUUAAUGGA